AUGGAGAAGUUGAAAGAAAACCGUAGGGCAGAGGAGAGGAAGAUGAAGGUGAAGAAGCAGAGAGAGUUUCUCAGAUCAUCAGCAGGUGGAGUUCCACAUAUCUCAGAUAUGAGCAUUGUGCUGUUGGGGAACAGACUUACUGGGAAGAGUUCAUCAGGAAACACCAUUCUGGGCAGAGAAGAGUUCAGCACCUCAGGAAGAACAGCUGAGUGUGUGAAAAGAGAAGGACAAGCAGCUGGGAGACACAUCACUGUAGUGGAGGCACCAGGAUGGUGGAGGAGCUACACUGUAGAGAGGACUCCUGAACGUGAUAAACAAGAGAUUGUCCUCAGUGUGUCUCUGUGUCCUCCAGGACCCCAUGCUCUACUCCUGGUCAUUAAUGUGAGUAAGUCAUUCACAGAGACGCACAGAAGAGCAGUGCAGGAACACAUGGAGCUGCUGGGUGAGAGAGUCUGGAGUCACACUAUAGUGCUGUUCACCAAAGGGGUUUGGCUGGGAAGCACAAGUAUUGAGCAGCACAUUGAGAGUGGAGGAGAGGCUCUGCAGUGGGUUGUAGAGAAAUGUGGGAACAGGUAUCAUGUUGUAGACAAUAUGAAGAGUGAUGAGGGCCAGGUGACAGAGCUGCUGGAGAAGAUAGAGGAGAUGGUAGCAGGGAACAUGGGCCAUACGUUUCACUUUUCUAAAAAUCUACAAGAGAAGAAGAAGGCAGAAGAGAGAAGAGCAGAGGUUAGGAAGAUGAAGGUGCACAAGCAGAGACAGACUCUCAGAUCAUCAGCAGGACCUCAUGCUCUACUCCUGCACAUUAGAGUGGAUGUGUCAUUCACAGAGACGCACAAAAGAGCAGUGCAGGAACACAUGGAGCUGCUGGGAGAGAGAGUCUGGAAGCACACUAUAGUGCUGUUCACCAGAGGGGACUGGCUGGGUGACACAAGUAUUGAGCAGCACAUUGAGAGUGAAGGAGAGGAUCUGAAGUGGGUUGUAGAAAAAUGUGGGAACAGGUAUCAUGUUGUAGACAAUGAGAAGAGUGAUGGUGGCCAGGUGACAGAGCUGCUGCAGAAGAUAGAGGAGAUGGUGGCAGGAAACAGGGGCCAUCCGUUUUACUUUGACAGAAAUAUUUCUACAAAUCUACAAGAAAAGAAGAAGGAAGAAGAGAGAAGAGCAGAGGAGAGGAAGAUGAAGGUGCAUAAGCAGAGACAGACUCUCAGAUCAUCAGCAGGUGGAGUUCCACAUAUCUCAGACAUGGGCAUUGUGCUGCUGGGAGACAGAAAUGAAGGGAAGAGUUCAUCAGGAAACACAAUAUUGGGUAGAGAGGAGUUUAUCACAUCAGGAAGAACAGCUGAGUGUGUGAAGAGAGAAGGAGCAACAGCAGGGAGACACAUCACUGUAGUAGAGGCACCAGGAUGGUGGAGUAGCAAAUCAGUAGAGAAAACUCCUGAACGUGACAAACGAGAGAUUGUCCUCAGUGUGUCCUUGUGUCCUCCAGGACCCCAUGCUCUACUUCUGAUCAUUAGAGUGAGUAAGUCAUUCACAGAGACGCACAGAAGAGCAGUGCAGGAACACAUGGAGCUGCUGGGUGAGAGAGUCUGGAGUCACACUAUUGUGCUGUUCACCAGAGGGGACUGGCUGGGAGACACAAGUAUUGAGCAGCACAUUGAGAGUGAAGGAGAGGAUCUGCAGUGGGUUGUAGAGAAAUGUGGGAACAGGUAUCAUGUUGUAGACAAUGAGAAGAGUGAUGGUGACCAGGUGACAGAGCUGCUGCAGAAGAUAGAAGAGAUGGUGGCAGGAAACAUGGACCAUCCUGUGUCACUGUGUCCUCCAGGACCCCAUGGUCUACUCCUGCCCGUCGAUGUGCGUAUGUCAUUCACAGAGACAGACAGAAGAGCAGUGCAGGAACACAUGGAGCUGCUGGGGGAGAGAGUCUGGAGUCACACUAUAGUGUUGUUCACAUGGGGGGUCUGGCUGGGAGACACAAGUAUUGAGCAGCACAUUGAGAGUGGAGGAGAGGCUCUGCAGUGGGUUGUAGAGAAAUGUGGGAACAGGUAUCAUGUUGUAGACAAUGAGAAGAGUGAUGGUGGCCAGGUGACAGAGCUGCUGGAGAAGAUAGAGGAGAUGGUGGCAGGGAAUGGAGGCUGCCCUUUUCAGUUGAUGCAGAGUAUGGAGCUUGCUCCUCCCAAUUCAAGAGAACACUUCCCUGGUGACCUCUCUGCCUUGAGACCGGCACAUGAGAAAAGAUUUGCAGCUCAGAAACAAGAUCGCCUACAAAAACAUGCUUUUGUGGAUGUAUCUACAAUAACCAUGAACUACAAUCAUUUAAUUGGGAGAGGAUCAUAUGGAGCAGUUUACAGAGGCUCAUACCAGGGAACCCCAGCUGCUAUCAAGAUCAUGCCAAUCGGAGAUAGUUCAGUCAUCACAAAUGAGUUUCUCAUACCUUUGCAUUUAUCUCACCCCAACAUUGUGCGGAUGAUGGCUGUAGCCACAAGUGAGACAGAGAUCCUCAUUGCUAAUGAGUACAUCCAUGGGGCCAACCUGCAGCAGGUUCUUUACAAAGAAACCCCAAUUAAGUUACAGGACGACGAGGAUAAGUUGUUCGUGGCUUUGGAGAUUGCUAUGGCUAUUGACUACAUACAUGGUAAACAGAUCAUCCACCAAGAUCUGAAGCCAGCAAAUAUAAUGAUUACAGCAGAUAACAGGAAAGCCUAUCUCACUGACUGGGGUAUGGCAAACUGGCAGGAGACCAUGUUAGUGACGAGGGGAAGUCGCCAAGGAGCUCAGUGUGGCCCACAGGGAGGAACCCCUCCCUACAUGGCCCCAGAGUGCCUAGUGGACUGUGAGGACUGCAGCACCAUGUCAGACAUGUGGUCUCUUGGCAUCACUCUUCUGGAGAUGUUCACCAACUCUGAGCCCUGGUCAUAUAGCAAAAUUCAGGAGCUACGGAGGUUUCUCUCUAAAAGACAGGCUCCACAUGCACUGGCUAAACUGCAGCCUCAGAUGGAUGGCAUUAUAAAACCUCUGCUGGACUAUGAAUCUGAAUCUCGUAUGACAGCUGAAGAGCUGGUGAUAAUGUUGAAGUCAAAAGUUGAUCUCACCAAAAGAUAUGGGUAUGCGUGGUAAGAGGGCUUCAUAUUGGAAAAUAUGAUGUGAUCUUAGUUAUUUCAAAAUGUAUAAUGCUCCACACUUGCCUGGAUCAACCGAGAUGAACCGGUAAGCAAUUUAAAUUUGCUGUGCAGGUCCAUCUGAAAACCCUCAGAUUGAAACCAAUUCCUGAAUCAUCAAAAACAAAGGACCAAUCACAACUGCUUAUUUGGGGUGGGCUUUACAGUAUAUGAUGAAGGGAUUUUUUUUUAUUAUUAUUUUAGCAAGUAGCCGUAUAAUAAGUUGGUAUGAAAUAAGUCCCUUCAGGACGAGAUAGACCUUUCCAUUGGCAUAUCUGGGUCCUGUUUGUCCUGUCGAGAAUUAUUUUCCGAUAAUCACUGGUGAACUUUAUUAACACAUUAUCCCUUACAUACUGUAAAUGGUUAAUUUUGCUGAUGCUAUUAUUGCAAUGCCAAUGGUUGAUUGGUACUGGUGGCCCUUUUGU